UGCGAGAGAUCAGCGAUGGGACUGGAAACAGAGAAAGAGAGAGAGAGAGAGAAGGAGGAGGAGGAGGAGGAGGAGGUGAGUGGUGCUGCAGAACAACACAGCCUGGCUGAGGAAAUUAAACGGCGCACAGCGGCACAUCUGCUUCAUCUAGACAGUAUUUCUGUUGUGAUAGCCAUGUUCCCAAAGGGGUCUCAGCCUCUGGCCCUUGGGAAACUAUCCCUUUUGGUUUUCAGCCUGACCUACGCCCUCUCAGUGACUUCUCUGCCUGCUGACAUAGAGAAGGGAAAGAGGAAAGUGGUGCACGUUCUUGAGGAUGACACUGGAGCAGUCGUUGUGCAGACAGCUCCGGGUAAAGUGGUGACACAUCGCGGUGGCUCCAUCACUCUGCCCUGCAGAUACCAUCACGAGCCAGAGAACACCGACCCGGGUCGCAUCCGGAUCAAAUGGACCAAAGUGACAGAUGCCCUGCAGUUUGAGGACGUGUUUGUGGAACUUGGGAGGCAGCAGCGUGUAUUUGGAGCGUACCAAGGACGUGUGUUUUUGGAGCAGGCUGGACCAGGCGACGCCUCGGUCAUCAUCCAAAAUGUCACGCUGGAGGACUAUGGACGCUACGAGUGUGAAGUCACUAAUGACAUGGAAGAUGACACGGGAUUUGUCAACCUUGACCUAGAAGGAGUGGUGUUUCCCUACUACCCCCGUGAGGGGCGCUAUAAGCUCAACUACCACCAGGCGGAGGAUGCCUGCAAACAGCAGGACGCCAUCCUGGCCUCCCACUCUCAACUGCACAAGGCCUGGCUGGAGGGACUGGACUGGUGUAAUGCUGGAUGGCUGGAGGACGGCUCAGUCCAGUACCCCAUCUCUCAUCCCCGCGACGAGUGCGGCCGCAAGGACAACCCCGCUGGUGUUCGUAACUAUGGCUACAGGCACAAGGAGGACGAGCGCUAUGAUGCUUUCUGUUUCACCUCCAAGCUGAAUGGCAAAGUGUACUUCCUCAAACGCUUUAAGAAGGUGAACUAUGCGGAGGCAGUGAAGGCUUGCGUUCGAGAUGGCUCUGUGGCGGCCAAAGUGGGCCAGCUGUACGCAGCAUGGAAGUUCCAGCUCCUGGACCGCUGCGAAGCCGGUUGGCUGGAGGAUGGCAGCAUCCGUUACCCCAUAGUGAACCCCCGUUCACGCUGUGGAGGAUCCCAGCCAGGUGUCCGACACCUGGGCUUCCCUGAUAAGAAAUUUCGCAUCUAUGGGGUCUACUGUUUCCUCCACAACAAGGAAGAUGGAGCAGGUGGUACUGUAACAACAAAAGGCCCUACAGAUACUUUGACAAGGAGGAAGAGCAGCAACAGCAGCCCCAUGAAUGCCACUAGGGUGAUUUAGAGUGGAAAGACUGGGAGCAGGAGGGGGAUGCACAUUUUGGAUUUUACCGCAACUGUCGCCUCGGGUGAUCUUCCUUUCGUCUACAGUCAGUCAAUCAUCUUAAGGAGUAAAUAUGUUAGCACAUCUGUAGUCAGAAAAACGGUUAGAUAAAACUGCAGCUUGAUCAUCAUUCAGACACACAUCAGAUCAGAGAGUCUGCCAUGAAUAUGCUUGUGGGUGUGUGUGUACGUACGUGGAACAUAUUUUUGGCCUCCGCUGGGGCUCCUGAGCACUGAGCCCCAGUCUGAGCCAGAAUCCCGGAGCCAUGGUGAAAACAUUCAUUACUGGGUGAGAUGGGAUGAUCUGCCUCACCGUAUGGAAAGAAUCCAAGACGCCCUGUUAAGUUGGGAUUGUACAAAGUGUAAUCACCUGUAACAGGGAGCCAUGCUUGGUUAGCAACCCUCUGGCACAAUGCGAGUCAUUUCUCUCAUUAACUCAGACUUGGCAAUCUCAUCAUCAGAGCUGAACAGGCAGGUGGUAAAUAUUGCACUAGCUCUUCAAAUAUUUACGCUUUAACUUUAAGGCAUCUUUAGCUUAGCUGUAGAGCGCAUGUAUGGUUUGGUUGAGAGUAGUCACUCGGGCUGAAUUAGCAAAAAUAAAAAGCAACAGUAAUUGAUAUUAACCUCGCGCACUGCACCUCGGAGCUACCCGGGCCUCCAGCUGCACUAUAGAUCUUAUUUCUUUAUUUCCCAUCUCUACUUUGUGUAGAGUAUGUUUGCCUUUAUAGAAUGGAUGAAUGUUCUGGGAAAAUGUGAAAGAAAAAAUAAAAGUCUUGAAAUUGUUGAGUUGAACAACA